AUGCCGUCCCAGGAAGAGCCACUGAGUGCACAGAACAAACCCGAGAUACUCGUCCGAGGGUUGAACUACAAGUUCCCCGAUGGGUCCUUGGGUCUGCGGGACAUCAACCUCGAGCUGCCUGCCGGGUCGCGGACGCUGCUGAUCGGGGCCAAUGGGGCGGGCAAGACGACGCUGCUGCGGCUCCUGUCGGGCAAGAAACUGGCGCCGUCGCGGUCCAUCUCCAUCGCGGGCGUCGACCCCUUUGCGUCGGGGCUCGAGGGCGUCACCUACCUGGGGCUGGAGUGGGUGCUCAACCCGAUCGUGCGUACCGACAUCGCCGUGCCGGUCCUGCUCGACUCGGUCGGCGGCCAGCACUACCCCGAGAGGCGGGACGAGCUGGUGCGCAUCCUGGACAUCGACCUGCGGUGGCGCAUGCACAUGGUGUCGGACGGCGAGCGGCGCCGCGUGCAGCUGGCCAUGGGCCUCAUCCGGCCGUGGGACGUGCUGCUGCUGGACGAGAUCACGGUCGACCUGGACCUGCUGAGCCGGAGCAACUUCCUGGGCUGGCUGCGGGGCGAGACGGCGCGCCGCGGCGCCACCGUCGUCUACGCCACCCACAUCCUCGACAACCUGGUCGGCUGGCCCACGCACCUCGUGCACAUGCACCUGGGCCGCGUCAAGGAGUGGGGGCCCAUGGCUGGCUUCGACGCCGUGUCUGACGCCUGCGACCCGGCCACGGGGAACAGCAGGCUCGGCGAGCUGGUUUUGAAGUGGUUGAAGGACGAUCUGGCUGAGCGGGGGCCCAGAGACAACGGAGCCGCGGCCGGUAGUACCCAGGGCAAGACGUACGAGAGCCUCGAGGGAAAGGGCGGGUAUGGAUCCGAGAAAGCGCGCGAGCUUAACGAUAACGACGACGACGACGACAAAAGCCACUGA